ACUAUGCAGACAUCACUCAAUUCCAGAAGAGGGAUGGUGGGUCAGUUCAGCUGGGGAACCUAGGUACUUCCUCCAAAGAGUACGCUCAGGUCCGAGUCAACAACAGGCCCAGUCAGCUGACCUAACCCACCUACCAGGCCCACCAAUCCCAGUACACCCAGGUGGAAAAACCUGCCCAUAAGCCUGCUCCUGAUGCUGCAUCCACCAUCUACUCAGACGUCCGGAGCUGAACACGCCCCACUGUCAAUCAUCUGGACCAGUUGGGGUCAGUCAGGGUGACCAGGCUGCUGCUGCACAUGCAGGAUGUCCUACAGAUGGAUGCUUCGAAUGGAUUCUCCCCAUAUUUGUUAUCUUUAUUUACUGGCUGUUAGAGGGUUUUGUUAUGGAGCAGGUGUGUUACCAGACAGGUCCCUGGUUGGGGUGAUAGGAGGGAGUGUGACAUUUAACAGAGCAUCAGCCCAGCCAUUUAUAACAUUAGAAUGGAAAGUUAAUGGUACAACUAUUAUAUUAAACUAUAUCAGAAGUUCUGACACUUUAAUACCUGAAGAUGGAUACAGAGACAGGAUCAAUCUGGACAGAUCGUCAGGAUCCCUGGAGCUCAUGAAUCUUGAUCUGACUGACAGUGGACAAUACACAGUGACCAUUUUAACACCUGAAGCAGUAUCAGUGGAAGAAAACACCAAACUGGAAGUGUAUGAGUCAGUCUCCAGUGUGGUGAUAACUCCCACCAACACAGACUUAGUGGAGUUCAACAGCUCUGUCAGUCUGUCCUGCUCCUCCUCUGGCUCCCCCCCCUUAUCUUAUCACUGGCUGAAUGGAAGCUUUGUGGUCACAGUCAGUGAUGGAGUUCAGUUUGGUGAUGGGAACAGCACCCUCACCAUAGUCAGUGUGACCCGAUAUGACAAAGGACCGUUCAGCUGUAGUGUGUCCAACCCCGUCAGCAGUGACAUCAACCGACAGAAUCUAACCCUCACUAUCAGCUAUGGUCCAGAAAACACAGCAAUGAAGGUGAUCCCAUCAGAUGUACAUUAUGAAACAGGAUCAAACCUGAAUUUGUCCUGCUCAGCUGAGUCCAGUCCUCCUGCCCAGUUUCAGUGGGCUCUGAAUGGAACACUGCUGUCCAAUAAGGGACCAGAACUCCGGUUGGGGAACAUUCAGAUCAAUCAGAGCGGUAGCUACAGCUGCUGGGCCCAUAAUACCAGAACCCUGAGGUACCAGACAUCUGAGCCCUCUGAAAUCACUGUGCUGGGUGUGCUGAGCUCCAGCACUGUGGAGGUGCUUUCCUCUGAGAACCCGGCCCAUGCGGGCAACAUGGUGACCCUGACGCUGUCUCCGGCCACUCAGCUGCAGAGCGGCAGCUGGGCUGUGGGGGGCGCUCAGAUACUGACCUGGUCGGGGGGCCAGCAGGCUGUGUUCCUGAGCCACAAUGGCAGUGCCUCGGUGGACGUCAGCAUGGGGACUCUGACCCUGACCUCAAUCACGGUGGUCGACUCAGGGGUCUAUGUGGUCCAGAGCACCAGUCCUCAGCUCACGGCCACCUCCAACUCACUGUGAUAGCUCUCUCUCUCUCUCCACAGAACCUGUUUCUGCUGUGAGACUGGUGGCCAACAACACAGGCGAUUUAAUGGAAUUCAAAGCUCUGUCAGUCUGUUUUGCUCGUCCUCUGGCUCCUCCCUCUCUUACCUCUUACUGCAACUCUGAAGUCACAGCCAGUAAUGGAUUUCAGCUUAGUGAUGGGAACAGCACUCUCACCAUAGUCAAUGUGACUCGAUUCAAUGGUGGGCCGUUUAGCUGUAAUACUUUCAAUGUGUCAGUAAUGGAACCGCUGAGCCUCUACAUCUCAAUAUCAGCUGUGAGUAUGAGAGUAUGCACACUAACUCUACUUGAUGAAUUCACAUAUUUUGGCUGCAGUCCACAUGUCAAGCUUUGACUGACACUUUACAGUGAUUUGGGAAUGACACAAUACUGUAACAUAGCUACAAUCAUACGACCAGUGAUGUAUGAUCUAUCAUGAUCAAUUGAUUUUGUUCUAUAACACAUCGGCUCCCUGAAUAUCCCUUCAAGCCACAGGUUCCUCUCUACCACCAGGCCUACUUGGGUAUCACGACAGUAAUUCAUAUCUCCCAACACAGACGGUUCAGACAGUGUGUCCUUCACAGUCAACGGGCUGAGCACCACUACCUCUUUCCUGAUCGGGUCUACUCUCACCAUGUCCUGCUCUGCCCAGUCCAACCCUCAGGCUGAGUUUCAAUGGACUUUCAAUGGGAAGCAUCUGAAUUGGACGAGUUCAGAUCUGAAGCUAUACAGGGCUGUGGAGAGCCAGAGUGGCCUAUGCUCCUGCCUGGUCUUCAACAACAGGACAGAGCUACAGCAACAUCACUAGACAGAUCAUCAUCAGCAGUGGGUCAGUGUCAGAACAGCUGGGGGUCAGUGUCUGGCUCCUUCUCCUCUCCUCUUCUGAACGCCAACGGGAAAGCAAGUCUCACUGACUGAAAAAUAACACACAGACCAAAAAAUGCUUUCAGUUAAGUAAACCCAUAAAAUAUAUUUAUUCAAACAUUAAUUUCAUUUACGUAGUGCCAUGGGCCAGGGAAAUGUGAAUAAAUUAUGCAAUUGACAAAAAAAAAUGUUAUAACAUGGUGAAAUAAUGUCAUAGAUAUUGCUAUAACCAAACAUGGUCACUCUUAUUGAUGCCACUUGUUACAGUACAUCCACUUCAAUCAGUGUAGAUGAAGGGGAGGAGACAAAUUAAAGAAGGAUUUUUAAUCCUUGAGACAAUUGAGACAUGGAUUGUGUAUGUGUGCCAUUCAGAGGGUGAAUGGGUAAGACAAAAUAUUGAAGUGCCUUUGAAUGGGGCAUGGUAGUAGGUCCCAGUCCAACAGUUUGAGUGUCAAGAACUGCAAUGAUUCUGGGUUUUUCACACUCAACAGUUUCCCAUGUGAAUCAAGAAUGGUCCACCACCCAAAGGAAUCCAGCUAACUUGACACAACUGUGGGAAGCAUUGGAGUCAACAUGGGCCAGUAUCCCUGCGGAACGCUUUUGACACCUUGUAGUCCAUGCCCCAACGAAUGAGGCAGUUCUGAGGGCAAAACAGGGUGCAAUUCAAUAUUAGGAAGGUGUUCCUAGUGUUUUGCAAACUCAGUGUAUUUAGAAAGAGAAAAUACAUUGCACCAUAUUCAUAUAGUAAAAUAUCCAUCUAUUCAAAUAUUAACAGAGAAAAAUAAAAAAGCAGUAGAAAUAAUAGAACAUGCCAAACUUGUCUGGAAAUCAUGAAUGCACUGUGCAUCCUUAUGGAACAUUUUUGAUUUAUUCAAUAACAACCACAAAAAUCUGCUUUUAUAUAGGCAAUUAAGACAUUUACUGUAUGUUCAAGUCAUAUUAAAACAAGAAUGUUUGACAUAUUUUUGUUAUUCCAUCAGGUCUUAAGAUAAUUACAGUACUGAGGUGUGUUGAAAUACAUAUUAUAUGAUUCUUCUCAGUGAUACUAAUCUGGAUAAAUAACAUUUGAAUAAAGAAAAAAUACAAUAAAAAACUGUUUUCAGAUAAAUCAUUCCUUUGCAAUUACAGCAGAAAUGUUCCUUCUCAGGAUGACAGGUCCAAAAAUCUGUGGAAAAUACUUGUAAGCGAUUGGGAAAGAGUCAUGAGUCAGUUUCCCCAAGUUUUACUCCUGUAAAUGCCAUGGUGAUGAUGAGUGAUGCCGUGUUUGAAAUAACAUCAUAAUGGUUAAAUAUAUUUCUGAACAAAAAUAUAAAUGCAACAUGCAAGUUUACAGUUCAUAUAAGGAAAUCAGUCAAUUGAAAUAAAUUCAUUAGGCUCUAAUCUAUGUAUUUCACAUGAC